CUCGCGAUAACGCUGUGUGGUUACCAGGGGAACGAGAGCCUGAAAAGUUGUUCCUGUCUGCUGUGUUUUCUCCCAGUGAAAUGAAUGUCACCGGAUUUUCGAUGGUGCUUUUAUUUUUGACUGUUAGCCGAACGUACGCUGAGUAUCAUCGCUUAUGAAGGAAAUGUAGAGUCAUAUUAACGUGUUUUGCAUUGCUGUCCAUUCACGGCAAGGUACGGUCAUCAGAGGAAGCUUUAGACGACAUUGCCCAAAAUGCCGUCACCACAAGUUCUCCAGCCGGUUCUUAAAAUGAAAGUAGACGAGCUAUUUCUCAACUGGUUGAGUGAUCCUACAACUCAGUCAAUACUCAAAAAUUAUCUUGAUCUAAUCAAAAGUGGACAGCCUAUUGAAUUAGGUACUGGGGACGUUCCUGAUAAAAGGUCGUUAAGCUUCAAUGAAAACAACAAUGUGGCAUCACAGAAGAACCUGGCAGAGAAGAGGCCUGCUCCCUUAAGUACACCUUUCGGCACCCCAUCUACCAGUACCCUGCCUUCCCGAAGUAGCAGUAACACCAGAAUGACUGGACCAAGUGGAAGAGUACUACGGAGAUCUCUCAGCACAAAGAAGGCUCAGGUGAGGACGGAGGAGCCAGUCACCACAGCACUGAGUGAAAGCAUUCCCAAGUUUUACUUCCCACAGGGCCGUCCCCAAGCCAACCUUAACAUUGACGGCCUCAUUUCCAAAAUUGAGAAAAUAUUUUCCCAAUUCCCAAAUGAAAGAGCCACCAUUGAGGAUAUGGGGCAGGUUGCCAAGGCCUGUGAGUGUCCCCUCUACUGGAAAGUGCCAUUGUUCUGCUCAGCUGGAGGCGACAGGACGGGCUUCGUGUCCGUUCACAAGUUUGUGGCUAUGUGGAGAAAAACUCUGCUGACCUGUCAUGAUGACGCUUCUAAAUUUGUGCACCUCUUGGCCAAGCCUGGCUGUAAUUACCUGGAACAAGAUGACUUUAUUCCAUUCCUGCAGGAUGUAGUGAACUCACACCCGGGCCUGGCCUUUCUAAAAGAGGCACCAGACUUUCACUCGCGAUACAUCACAACGGUGAUUCAGAGGGUAUUUUACAAUGUGAACCGGUCAUGGACGGGGAAAAUAACAUGUUCUGAGCUCAGGAAGAGUAACUUUCUCCAGAACGUGGCGCUGCUGGAGCAAGAAGAGGAUGUGAACCAGCUGACAGAGUUCUUCUCCUACGAACAUUUCUAUGUUAUUUACUGCAAGUUCUGGGAGCUGGACACCGAUCACGACCUCUACAUAGACCAGAAGGACUUAGCAGGACACAAUGACCAAGCCAUUUCACAGAAGAUGAUUGAGAGAAUAUUCUCAGGAACAGUAACAAGGGACAGACGAGUGUAUAAGGAGGGGCGGCUGAGUUACGCUGAUUUCGUCUGGUUCCUCAUCUCUGAGGAAGACAAGAAGACUGACACCAGCAUAGAGUACUGGUUCCGCUGUAUGGACCUGGAUGGGGACGGGGUGCUCAGCAUGUAUGAGCUGGAGUACUUCUACGAGGAGCAGUGCCAGAAGCUGGAGGCCAUGGCUAUUGAGCCGCUGCCCUUUGAGGACUGCCUCUGUCAAAUGCUUGACCUUGUCAAGCCUGAGGUCGAAGGUAAGAUCACUCUGCGGGAUCUUAAGAGGUGCAAGAUGGCUCAUAUCUUCUUUGACACGCUCUUCAACAUCGAGAAGUACCUGGACCACGAGCAAAAGGACCCGUUCUCUGUGAUAAGGGACGUGGAGACGGACGGACAGGAGCUGUCAAACUGGGAGAAAUAUGCUGCAGAGGAGUACGACAUACUGGUAACCGAGGAGGCAGGCAAUGACCAGUGUAACGAUGUGUAUGAAAAUCCGCUGAGCCCUUUAGGGCAGCACAUCUCCAGUGAGCUGGGUCUGACAAAGAGACACUUCUUUGAGAUCCCCACCCCGCACUGCAACCUGGACUUGGAUGAAUAUGAGUAUGACGAUGACUUCGAAUGAUUUUUGUUUUUGUUUUUUAUCCUGCAGUGUAGCUGCUGAGCACCUUCCACUCUCAGAAACACAAGUCAUGCACCUGGGUUAGUGGACAAACAUCACCAAACAGAGUAAACCAGAAAGAUGCAGUCAAGCACUGCCAGAGUGCCAUAUUCUUUUUCUGCAAACAGAUGGAGAAACGUGCAUGCUGACACAGAUUUGACAAAGAAGUCGUUAAAGUACAGACAGUAGUUCAAUACUGAACCAGACGUUUUACAUUUUCACACUUACAGUAAACAGCCCGGCAGACAAGAUGUCACGAGUGAACACGUUAGACCUUUGCUCCCUCCCCACACAUUAACAAGUUGUUUUCUGCAUGUAAUGGUUGGUCAUCAAUAAUGUUUGGGGCAAGUUUUGUUUCAUCUAAACAUAAAUGUUUUGAAAUCAGUCACAUAAAAAUCACACACUGGAGCUCCGGGAGUUUUGGUUGUUUGUUUUUUUUCAUUUUGUUUUGUAUUUUGGACAAAAACCAUGCUGAUUGGAUUCAGAUAUCGAACUUAUUGGCUAGUCUUACAUUCCAGUGAUCACAACAAAGUGUUUUCUAUAUUGCUGUAAACUCGUCAGUGCAGUUGGAGGUUGCUGUAAAUGCCAAACAAGCCACCGUUAAGCCUUCUGGACACACACACAGGCACACACACACACACACACAGCAUCUGUUGUACAGACCUAUAUUCGUUAUGACUUUAAUGUGUGUGCGAGAUGGGGUUAUAAUUUAUUAGAGAUAAAUUUAUAAAUUAAUGUAAAUAUUUAUUUUGUGCUUGCUGUGCUGUAAAUGUGAUUUGAGCAAGUAUUUUAGACCUUUUUUUUCUAUGUCACAGAGUACUUCAGUUGACUACUUUGACAGAACAAAAGGAACCAUUUUCAAAUGUUUUGUGUUUCUUUAAAUUAAUAAUAAAGCCUUGGUUAAUGGAAGACUAAA